CAUUUUCUUGCGCGCACUUUAUCAUUGGUUUCCUCCUCCUCCUUCUCCUCCAUAGAAAUUUGCAACGGAUUUCCUCGAAGCUCAUUCGAUACAAUAGCGAAGAACGAGAACGGGUCGUCCACUGAAGACGUCAGUGGUAAGAGUUAUAGAAUUUAUAAAGAAAUAUGGUCCACACAUAAACAAAAACAACAGAACUUCUAGGAUACGGAUUAUUGAAUUUGCUUGUAACAGUAUUGUUAUAAUUUCUGUCAGAUUUACUACGUUUUCUUCUCUGGCCGCAGAAACUACUAUUAACCAGUUUAAGAGAUUCUCUACACACAUAACACAGGACCAAUACUGAGUUGCUAUAGGGAAUCGUUGUCUAUCUGUACAUGUGUAUUAACAUGUAUAGAAACCUGUCAAAUCUUUGGCUGAAUAAACCCGAUUCUCAAACGGACUUAUAAUAAGACUAAUCAUUUUUUUAUUUUUAGCAUUAUUAUUUAUUGAUAUUAUUGUUAUUUCCAAACGAAGGAAAGGAAUUGUUGCUAAAUUUCAAUAAUUUUUACAAGGCUUAGAAUGUUUUGGAUUCAAGUCCAUUCAGGGGUUAGAAAAAUGUGUACCUUCCUAGAAAAUGACACCUGACUGAAGAUCAGAAAUGAAAUUGACUGAAAUGUUACACAGAUUUAUGUGAGCCACAUGGUGGGCGAAAAUGACCUAAAAGACUGAAGUGGAAUACAAUGUUGGAGAGACUAGCAGCAGAUCAUGAGAAGAUACAGUGCUCAAGUGCAGUAUCCUGAUCCCACCAAACCUCCCUCUGGUGGUGUACUGGAUGUCAAUGAAGAUGGAGACAGUACUCGAAAAUGCAAGACAACUCAGUCUUUUGAGACUUUAUUUGAUAGUGAAGCCCUCAGUGAUGUGGUGCUUAAUAUCAACGAAGGUGAACUUACCUUCAAUGCUCACAAAAUGAUCCUUGGCAUGAAAAGUGAGGUUUUUACACGCUUAUUAAAUGAACUUACUGCAGUAGAUGACAGCCCCCGCCUAAUACUUAAAUUGCAUGUUGAUGCAGACUGUGUUCAAAUUUUCAGCCGAUUUCUAUAUUUUCUUUAUAGUGGAGCAGUAUGGUUACACCGAGAGUAUGUAGUGCCAUUAUAUCGGCUAGCUGUUGAUUAUUCUGUAUGGCCUCUUAUUAGCCACUGUGAGAAUUAUAUAAUGCAAAUUCUUGAAAAGACUAUACAGUAUGGGUAUGGAACAGCAAGCUUCAGCAUUGAAGUGGUUAGUAGUUUAUAUGAAUCAAACAUCAUGCCGGGCCAAAUCCGAUCUCAAGCAUUCCAAGUUUUAUGUGUCUGUUUUACUCAGCUGUCUUGCAGUAAGCUUUGGUCUUCAUGUUCAUGGGAAAUGGUCCGUGACUUGAUCCAGAGUGAUGAUAUAAAUGCAGAUGAGGAUUGCAUCCUCAGUGCUGCAACUGGAUGGAUGAAAGACAAUAAACUCCAAGACAAGUCAAAAAUUCAGGAUAUAUUAGCAAAUAUUCGAUAUCCAAUGCUAAACAGGCGAGUAUUAUACCACCUGUUAAAGAAUAGGGCUUUUCAAAAUUUUCCUUAUGUUGCAGAACUUGUUGAUGGUGCUGUGAAAUACCAGUGUUUUAAAGACCUUGCUGAGGCACAUCAUGAGUUUACUGGAGUUCAGUAUCAACGUAGAAAAGGACAAUUACCAAGGAGUUCACAAACUGUUGGCACAGUUCCACAUCAACAUAUACAAUCAGUGUGACCAUUAUGUAUAUAAAGUGAAUAUAUUAGUAACUAAAGUAUUGUAAAUAAAUUUUUAACAUACUGGA